AUGUACAAGGGAAUCAUUCGCUUCCAGCACAAUGCGUUUUUCUGCGCUGUGGAGAAGAGCUCAAAACACGGAGCCGAGGACAAGACCCAAAACAUCAUCAUGGCUAUGAAGGAACGGAUGAAGAUCAGAGAGAAGAACCGGCCCGAGGUGUUCGAGGUGAUCCAGGAGAUGUUUCUGCUCUCGAAGGAGGAUUUGAGCGCUCACCUGAAGACGGCCAAGCAGGCUGUGCUGGAGGGAACGUCCAAGUGGUCCGCCAAAAUCACCAUCACAGUUGUAUGUGCUCAAGGUCUGCAAGCCAAAGACAAGACGGGCUCCAGCGACCCCUACGUCACUGUGCAAGUGGGGAAGACCAAACGCAGGACCAAAACCGUUUUUGGAAAUCUCAACCCGGUCUGGGAGGAGAAGUUCUUCUUCGAGUGUCAUAACGCCACAGACCGUAUAAAGGUUCGUGUUUGGGAUGAAGACGAUGACAUAAAGUCCAGGGUGAAGCAGCACUUUAAGAAGGAAUCUGAUGAUUUCUUGGGCCAGACCAUCAUCGAGGUGCGCAUGCUGAGCGGGGAGAUGGACGUCUGGUAUAAUCUCGAGAAGCGGACGGAUAAGUCGAUGGUGUCGGGGGCCAUCAGGCUGAAGAUCAGCGUGGAGAUGAAGGGAGAAGAGAAGGUGGCUCCUCCUCACGGACAGUACACAUGUUUACAUGAGAAUCUCUUCCACUACCUGACGGAGGUGAAGAGCGGCGGGGUGGUGAAGAUCCCGGAGGUCAAAGGUGACGAUGCCUGGAAGGUGUACUUCGACGACGUGUCUCAGGAGAUCGUGGAUGAGUUCGCCAUGCGCUUCGGCGUGGAGUCCAUCUACCAGGCCAUGACACAUUUCUCAUGUCUCUCGUCCAAGUACAUGUGUCCCGGCGUUCCCGCGGUGAUGAGUAACCUGCUCGCCAACAUCAACGCCUACUUCGCUCACACAACAACAGCAACCACCAACAUCUCAGCCUCCGACCGAUUCGCAGCAUCCAACUUUGGGAGAGAGAAGUUCGUCAAACUCCUGGACCAGCUUCACAACUCUCUGCGCAUCGACCUCUCCAAGUACCGGGACAACUUCCCUGCUGGAAAUCCAGAGAGACUUCAGGACUUGAAAUCAACCGUCGACCUGCUGACGAGCAUCACCUUCUUCAGGAUGAAGGUACGACGCUCGCCAUGGAGCACCAGCCGCUUGUCUCGUGGUCUGGCCGGCCCGUACGGGCCGCCAGUGAGAGCUACCAGCGCCAAAGCUCCAGCCGGGAGUGCUGCUGCAGUCGGGUUUAACUCAAACCUGGUCACCUCAGGGUCCGUGGUGCUGCUGGUGCUGGCGCGCCUCUUCACAAUUUACAUCGCUCCUGCUGCUGGUGAGACCUCUGACCAGCGGAGCUCCAGCCGCCUUCUCCCUGAUGCUAACGCUGCGGUUGAUGUUGCAGGUCCUGGUUGCAGGUCUUCUCCGGCGACAGAGGCUUUACCUUCACUGGAGCCACAAGGUGAUGUGGCUUCCGCCGAUCAGAGGAGUCUGGUUCAGGAGAGCUGGACCUGGAUCUUCAGCAGACGCCUGGAGAUCACGCCUCCAUCGAGGCUCUGCAGGAGGGAGAACAUCGUCCGCCUCAACCUGUACUACAGCUACAUGUCCCAGGAGCAGAUCAGCCAGCCGUGGCUGUACUCUCUGGUGCGUCUGCGUUCACUGGCUUGCACCAUCAAGCGCUGCGCACCCAUCGGCAAGACUGCUCUGGCAGAGCUAUUCCUCAUGCUAGUCCUUGAUCUCACCUCGGACUGA